AUGUCGGAAAAUCAAUCUCGACCGCGUCAAUCGGUCUCCAAACCAAUGUGGCCGGCAAGAUCAAAUGUAUAUCCAGCACUGCCUCACAGCCCUGUCGCUCGCGCGGGCUCUGACUCAUUGUUCCAGGCAUUUGUCUCGAUACCUGACGAGGGCGGUGCAUCUGCGUCGGCGUCUGCCCUACACUCAGCCUACUCGACGGAUUCUGUCUUGACAGGCCUGCAGACCCCUCUGUCUGCCAUGUCCUCUUCCUGUGACCACAUCCCUAGAAGGUUCUUUCCGCCCUCCGAUGCCCACUUCCGGGACUAUACUGGCUCUUUUGACUCCUAUGCAUUCCAACAUAUCCAAGGCGGUUCCCAGUAUUCCUUUUCUUCCCCUGGCUCAUCGCUUCCUCCUCGCUUUGUGGAUUCGUCUUCUGUUGAUAUCAACGGUGUGCCCAGUCACCAGACCGCUACGGGACCCUGGACACAUCUCGCUGCCACUGAGGGAACUCCUCCACCAUUGCCUGGAAUAUCAGCCUCCGACGAGCCUGGACUGCCUCCCCAACAUCUUAGAACCCCCGUUCAUAAUCGUGCCUACUCUUCUGCCAGCGCACAAAAAUCUCUAGGAGACUCGGGCUACGAAACCCGAUCAAGGAAAUCUCAGCAGCAUGAAGUCGACUCAGUGACAGAAGAGCAGACAGAAAUGGACGAACAGGACAUGAGCAACACCCCCGUGCCUUUGACCCUGUCUCACUCCUAUCCCCCUUCCAACUACACAACCGUCGCUCCUCGUAGCUUGGAGCCGGUCCCUUCAGAAUCCGGGCAAUCGGCCGCUCACCCACCACACCAGAGAAACAAAGACCUAGGAUGCUCCGAAUGUAAAUAUGUGGGCAAGACAAGGUCCGAUCUGAAGAAACACUCAGCUCGUCACAAACGCGAACACAAAUGUCAAUUUGUGGAAUGCGUUCGGUCCACCAAAGGGUUUGCAACUAUCAAUGACCUUGACAGACAUCUGAAAACCGUACACAAGAUCAACAACCGCAACAGCAGAUCCUUCAAAUGCUUUGCCGAUGGCUGCCCCAAGCGCGAAAAGGAAUGGCCUCGGUUGGACAACUUCAAGCAGCAUCUCAGAAAGAUGCACGAAGAUCAAAACAUGAAAACUCUGCUUCAGCGGUCCAACGAAUGGUAUGAACAGCGUCGUCAACAAGAACAAGCCGAUGAGACGGCAUCCGUUUCGGCGUCAAUGCCCUCGCGAUCGUCCCACUCAUUGCUUCCUGCGCAAGAGCAAUUUCCCGCUUCUGACAGAAAAUAUCCGGAUCCAAGCUCAGUAUUCAAUCCAAACGUGCCCGAGACCCUCCAGAUGUCUCGCUCGCUCAGUCACAGUGAUCCUGUCAUUGAUCAAGCUCUUAGCCGGCCGUUGGGUCCAGCGCACCCCAUGUCGCAACAGAAUCAGAGUCGAUUCAUAUCUACGACAACCCACAGCUGGAGCCUGCAGCAACAACGAGGAGGCCUUACAAAUCUCGACACCAACAACCUUUCAUCUCCCCCAGCCCACAUGCAAAGGGCACGGUCACAGGCCGAUAUCUCUAGAUUUCAGGAUUUCUCGCAGCUCGCUUCCGACUUUAGCAAUCAAAGAGUUAACUACCAAAUUUCGUCCCGUCCGUCUCGGAAUUCCUUUGACGCUGCAACCGCUGCAACAAGGAUGAACUCUUCAUUCGGCUACGGACCGACCGGGAGAUCAAAAAGGCCAAAUACAAUUGCCGUCCUAGACCUGGACCUGGAUCGCAUGGCCGACUUCAUCUCACCGCAGGAACUGCCCCAUGACCGCCAGGACCUCGGAGGCUCACAGGAAGAAUACCUUGGCUUCGUUGGAAGUAGUACCAACCCGGCCAUCGCCGACAACGGCCCGGGACCUUCGCCUCACCAAGGCUACCAGGUCAACAUCAUCCAACCCGACAAUACGCCCAAGUCUGGGCUCCAGAAAGCGAUUGAAGACGAGAUCCGCUCUUUUUUAGAACUCCAUUGCCCCAACGGAGGGAAUGACGAGGAAAUCCUGAAUCAGUUCCGAUUGACUCUACACAGCAGCGAUGGCAUGACGAGUUGUGCUGCCUCAUCUGUUGGGCCGGUUUCGAGGACUACCGAUGCCGAACUUUCCGCCGGUUUCCGAUUGCCCCUGACAAAAGCGACGCAGUUUCCAUGUCAGUAUCAGGGAUGUACAAAGGUGAUGCAGAGGCAAAGUGAUCUGAACAAGCACAUGAAACGCCAUUGGAAGCCGUAUGGUUGUGUCUUCGAUGGAUGCACCAAGGCUUUCGGCAGUAAGGACGACUGGAAAAGGCACGAACAGAAUCAACACGAGCAACAAGAGUGUUGGCUUUGUGACAAAUGCUCCAUGGUGUUUUUCCACGAUUCGUCAAACUACAUUAAGCAUAUGCAGGAAGCUCAUUCGGUUUCGCGACCAGAAGAACACGCUAAGCACCGCCGCAUCGCGCGCAAUUAUCAGGGCCGGUUUUGGUGUGGUUUCUGCCAAGACAUCAUCAAACACGUUAAGACUGACGUGGACGCCAUCACAUACCGCUUCAGUCAUAUUGCUGAUCACUUCAUGAAGGAGCACAGAUCAAGCAACGACUGGAUUGAGCUCACGGGCAAUGGAAAGACAAAGGGAGCAUUGAAGGAGGAGAAGAAGCAGGCCGAAGGCAUCCAAGAAGAAGAGGAUGAUGUCUUUGAUGCCUCGCAAACAGCAUGCGAGGCUACUCAGUCGUCGCCCUCUCAGCAAAGCGGCUUCUCGGAAGCUCACCAACCCUUCUCGACGCAAGCGGUCAACCCCUCCAGCACUCAGCAGGAAUUAUCAAGCACGGACCACAUGCGUGGCACGAGGGUGAUGUUUCAGACAACCGAGAUGCGCACGCCGAUCCAAAGCCAGAGCCAGGGUCAGGAUCGGAACUCGGACUCACAUCGCCGUCGCCAACAACGCCAUGCCGAAUUCUUCAGCUGCUGCCAGUGCGGCGUUACCCAGUCCUAUAGCCUAAGCAAACGCUGUAUGGAUCUGGCUUGUCAGCACCAGUUCUGCGACAACUGUAUCUUAGCCGCUCCCGACACAGACUUUAUCUCCUUUCCUGGUGAUUACGACAAUUAG